UUUACUCUCUUCCCAACAUGGCGGCUCUCGGCGUGUAGAAUACUGUUUUAGGAGAAACCUUCAAGGAUUAUUGUAUUAUUUGGACCACCUGCCAGCUAUUCGGUGGCCAGAAAACCAUCGCGGUACCGCCGCUACUCUUCUGCCUCGUUAGCUAGUCCGUGUCCUCGACGGUCCGGGAGAUGUUUCGUCGCGGAGCUGCAAAGAAAGACCACAACAACAAGCCGGUGAAGAAGGAUGUGAGUGACAGUGAUAAAUACGCCGACCUCUUGGUGUUCGGCUAUGCCUGCAAACUGUUCCGAGACGACGAACGGGCUCUUUACCACGAUCAUGGAAAACAUCUUAUCCCAUGGAUGGGGGACAAGAGCAUCAUGAUUGAUAGAUACGAUGGGCGUGGUCACUUACAUGACCUCUCAGAGUAUGACAGCGGGUCGUGGAACACGUCCUACCAGCUGUCAGAGGAAGAGGCCAGGAUCGAGGCGCUGUGCGAUGAGGAGAGAUACCUGGCUCUGCACACUGACCUGCUGGAAGAAGAGGCCAGACAAGAGGAGGAGUACAAGCGACUGAGUGAGGCUCUGGCUGACGAAGGCUCGUACAACGCAGUGGCCUUCAAGUACAGCGCCGACUACUACGACCCGUCUCAGCCCACUGAGGAGGAGGACGCGAACAAGGAAUCUGAAGAGGCAGAGCCUGAGGAGAGCGAAGAACCAUUUGUUGCUCCCGCUGGGCUCGCCAUCCCUCCCGAUGUGGAACUGCCGGCAACCAUCAAGACCCACAACAUCAUCGAGAGGACGGCCAACUUCGUGUGUCAGCAGGGGGCUCAGUUUGAGAUAGUGCUGAAAGCGAAGCAGGCCGGCAACUCCCAGUUCGACUUCCUUCGCUUCGACCAUUACCUGAACCCUUAUUACAAACACAUCCUGCGGGCCAUGAAGGAAGGUCGAUACAACCUUGUCUCCACCAGCAAGCCGGAGCAGUCGCAGGAAUCUCAUUCCGACGAUUCGGACGAGGACGGAGACGGCAGCUACCUCCACCCCAGCCUCUUUGCGCCUAAGAAGUGCUCUCGCCUGGAGGAGCUGGUGAAGCCGCUUAAGGUGAUGGACCCGGAUCAUCCUCUGGCAGCUCUUGUGCGAAAAGCCCGACAGGAGAGGAACGGCACCGCAGCAGUGGCGACCAAGCCGGAGGAAGCUGCAGCCAGUACACCAGCGCAGUACGCCACAGACCCGAACGCAGCGGCGAUGUACUACGGGUACUACAUGCUGCCAGACGGAUCGUUCUGCUUAGCCCCGCCUCCUCCGGGUAUAGACGCCAGCUCCUACUACAACAACAUGCCCUCAACUGUCAUGGCGCCUCCUGCUUCGUCCGACUCUUUGCCCCAAAUGGCGACGGCGGCCGCCCCCGCUGACACCGUCGCCGUGGCAUCACCAGCCCCCUCUCAGGUCACCAGCUCUGCUGCUCCGGCGGCAAGUCUACCAGAAACCAGCUCAAAAGCCGAAGCUCAAGUUCCCACGACAACAGCACCAGCCAUCAUCCCGCCGCCGCCCGACAUCCAGCCCGUCAUCGACAAGCUGGCCGAGUACGUCGCCAGGAACGGCCUCAAGUUCGAGGCCAGCGUCCGUGCCAAGAACGAUCCUCGGUUUGACUUUCUGCAGUCUUGGCAUCAGUACAACACCUAUUACGAGUUUAAGAAGAAUUACUUCAUGCAGAAGGAAGGAAGAGGCUUCCCCGAGAGCUUAGAUGACUGCGAUAAGCUCGACUCAGACAAGUCCAAGGACUCCAAGCUGGCGAAAGCCUCGUUUGCCCCCAUCUGUUUUGCCAUCAAGGCGAAAGAAAAUGACAUGCUGCCACUGGAAAAGAACAGAGUCCGGCUGGAUGACGACUCGGACGAGGACAAGCUGUUGGAAGAGGAGGGGCUGGAAGCUGUGAUGGGAGGAGCCGAGCUGGUGGAGAAGGAGCCUCUUCCAGUCAGCACCCCGGAGGAGAAAAGACCAUCCCUCAGUUUGGAGGAGCUGGAGGCAAAACAAGCCAAGCAGAAACUGGAGGAUCGUCUCGCUGCCGCAGCCAGGGAGAAGCUGGCCCAGGCUUCUAAGGAGUCCAAGGAGAAACAGCUACAGGCGGAGAGGAAGAGGAAGGCAGCGCUCUUCCUGCAGACCCUCCGCGGCCCGUUCUCUGGAGAGCCCGAGGCCAAGAGAGCCGAGCUCGACUCUUGCGCGCAACUGGAGCUGCAGGAAGCCUUCUCCGCUCUGGCCGAUCCUGCACCUACGCAAGCUUCCCAAACACAGCUCGCGUUUCCUCAGGAUCAGAGGCUGUCGGUGCAGAACCACGGCUCGUAUCGCAGCAGGGAAGCCCCGUCCUCCUCGUCCUCGUCCUCCCAUGCCGCCUCCAGAGGGCCGGACCGAGACCGAGACCGAGACCGAGACAGGGAACGAGACCGAGACAGAGAUGGAGAAAGACAUCGAGACAGAGAUGGAGACAGACACCGAGAUAGAGACGGGGAAAGACAUAGAGACAGAGAUCGAGAUAGAGACCGAGAUCGAGACAGAGAUAGAGAUAGGAACAAAGGGAGGGACAAGGACAAAAAGAAGAAGAAACACAAAAGGAGGUCAAGAUCAAGGUCAAGAUCAAGAUCAAAGACCAGACACUCUCUUCCCAGUGCCUACAGGAGAUCCCGCAGGUCCCGAUCACGUUCACACUCCCAGGGGAGGAGGGACAGGAGGGGCCCCUCGUCGGAGAGGAGACGCGAGGAGAGGGACCGGGAGCGCCAUCAUCCCAGCAGCAGCAGCGGCGGCGGCGGAGGAGGAGGAGGCGGCGGCGGCUCCGGUUUGCCCAGGAGGCGUUCGAGAUCCAGGUCCCCCGCCGAGCAGAGGAGGAGCUCCCUGUCAUCCUCGGGACAGAUGCAAAUGGCGGGUUUCUCCGUCUCGCCGUUCUCGUCGCCCGGCAGAGUUUUGUCUCCAUCAGCGAGCCCUGCCUCCAGCCUGGCCCACUCAAGGGGUGGAUCUCAGGAGAAAGACAAGGCAGUGUCCUCAUCCAUAGUAUCCUCUGUGCAGUCCAAAAUAACUCAGGAUCUGAUGGCCAAAGUGCGAGCCAUGCUCGCCACCUCCAAGACCUUCCAGCCUCCCAACUCCUAAAGAGGGCGCCGCCCCCCUCCAGCCACGACAAACCUCUGCCCGUCAGCGAACGGCGUUCUCCGGUUUCCUGGAGAUUCAUUCUGGCCUGCGUCUGUUUCAGCUCCCUGUAUUUAUCCACCGUUUUAUUGUUUCGUCUUGAUUUGAGCAUCGACAGAUUCGGUUUGGCCGCGUUGUGUCUUCUGCACAGUGAAGUUCGUGGAAGUGAAGCUAAAGGUUUCUGGUUUCACACCCGACCUGAGGAACCGGGGAGUCAGCGAGGAGCUUCGAUCAUGGUGGUGCAGGGAGAACCAAAUGUGGACGUAACCCAUGUGCUGUUUUGCAUUCUGUACUUUUCUCCCCCUCGUGUCGACAGUCGUUCUUUGCAGCGUCACCUGAAGCUGCUGGAAGUCUCGAUUCUCUCCUUCUAUGAAGGCUUGUUUUGAUAAUUUUAUUUUCUCCUCCCUCGUCGUCUUUCCCCUCCGCUGUUCUCUUCCCUCUUAAUUCCUCCCCCGGGUCUCUUCUGUCUCCAGCACCUCACCCUUCUCCUUGAGAAGCAGUUUUAAUUUUUUUUUCUACUCCGUCGUCCCUCAGCCGUAGUGUGUGGCCUUCUCUUUCUGUUCCUGGUUUGUACUGUAAUGAAUUUAAUGCAACUUUCUAAUCCAGCCUGUCAAUAAAGGGAUGGUUAUGAUUUA